AUGGAUACUCGAGUGAAUAUUGUAAAUUCGAUUAUACUCUCAUUAAGACGAUGCACGAAUAGGAUUAAGUAUGUGCUUCUGUUAAACGAGCUCCUUUCCCUCUUCCCAAGGCACGCCGAAAAGAGCCUAAAAUUGUGCCUAAGGUCUAAAAUUAAAAAGUACACCUUGAUAAAGGAGAAGCGUCCUGCGAAGGAUUACGUGUUGUAUCCCAAUCAGUUCAGGGGAAAUGGCAAAAACGCGCGGUGGACAAGUCAUGACGAAUGCUUAAGUGAUUGCGCCGAUGUUGUUACAGCACAGAAAAGGAAGGGGGCUUUACGCGAACAUGUAUUUCCUCACACUAAGAAAACGAAAAAGAAAAAGAAAAAAACGCGUUUGCAUUUUUUUGUAGUUUGUGGAAAUAACAAGAAAUAUCUCGUGUUCAAAAAUUUCUGCUCAUGUUUUUAUUUUAAGCAAAAAGUUUUGUGCAAUCAUACGGACAUAAUGUGUAAGCACAUUUUGUCCAUCCUCCUGGCGCAGAGCUUCAAAAAUUACGUAAACAUUUUCCUAGAUAAGAGUUUGUUUUUUGAGUGGUUCAUGAUGAAGUUACGUGGUUGA